UUAGGUUGCAGGUGAAUCAAAAGCAGGAAACAAGGGAGAGAUGGUGGCUGGUGGGUGGGUAUGGAUAGCCACAAGCCAACAAGCCCAGCUGCUGCUUUUGCUUUUCCCGUUCUCCUUUUGUAAUUUCUAAUCCAAAAGUGCUUUUAACGGUAACCCAACAAAUAAAAGAAAUUAAAUAAAAAUAAUAAUUCGGAAAAAGAAAAAAAAAAGGAAAAGGAGAAUCCAAACCUAGAUCUCCAACAAGAAAGAACCCAGAGAGGGCCCAGCGCAUAGCUGUCCGUACAAAAUUUGUUUGCUUUGCUUUUGCAUUAUAAUUUUUUUUUUCUUUCUUGCUUUUAUUGGAUGGACAAUCCGAUGUCGUUGCGGUUGAGUCGGCCGACUGCCUUCUGCUGAUGCGGGGUCGUUGUUGUUGUUUUGAUUUUUUGGAAUCAUCGUCCAAUUUGUUAUCCAUUUUUUUUUAGUUUUUGUAAUUUUAGGGUUAGGGUUUCGAUUUCAACCGAUUCGGGCUGCUCUGGAAGAUAUGGAGCCUCGCGUUGGGAAUAAGUUUCGGCUCGGCCGGAAGAUCGGUAGCGGCUCGUUCGGAGAGAUCUAUCUGGGUACAAAUAUUCAGACGAAUGAAGAGGUUGCGAUUAAGCUUGAAAAUGCGAAGACAAAACACCCUCAGCUGCUGUACGAAUCCAAGUUAUACAGGAUCCUAUCAGGAGGAACUGGAAUUCCAAAUGUGAGGUGGUUUGGAGUUGAAGGAGACUAUAAUGUUUUGGUGAUGGAUUUACUGGGCCCUAGUCUUGAAGACUUGUUUAACUUCUGUAGUAGGAAACUUUCUUUGAAGACCGUUCUUAUGCUGGCGGAUCAAAUGAUCAGUCGUGUUGAAUUUGUCCAUAGUAAGUCAUUUCUACAUCGAGAUAUCAAGCCAGACAAUUUUCUUAUGGGCUUGGGAAGGCGUGCAAAUCAGGUGUACAUGAUAGACUUUGGUCUGGCUAAGAAAUACAGAGAUAGUUCAACCCGUCAGCAUAUUCCUUAUAGGGAAAACAAGAAUCUGACUGGAACUGCAAGAUAUGCAAGCAUGAAUACUCACCUUGGAAUUGAGCAAAGCCGGAGGGAUGAUUUAGAAUCUCUUGGUUAUGUCCUUAUGUAUUUCCUUAGAGGAAGUCUUCCUUGGCAGGGACUAAAAGCGGGAACUAAGAAACAGAAGUAUGAAAAAAUUAGUGAAAAAAAGGUUUCUACUUCAAUUGAGGCGUUAUGUCGGGGUUAUCCGACAGAGUUUGCUUCGUACUUCCAUUACUGUCGCUCACUACGGUUUGAUGAUAAACCAGACUAUGUUUAUUUGAAAAAAAUAUUCCGGGAUGUCUUCAUUCGUGAAGGCUUCCAGUUUGAUUAUGUGUUUGACUGGACAAUUUUGAAGUAUCAGCAGUCACAGCUGGCUGUUCCUCCAACCCGUGCCCUUCCCGGUGCUGGAACAAGUUCUGGGAUGCCCCAUGCCGCUGUUAAUGCGGACAGACUGGCAGGUGAGGAAGAUGGGCGGCUAACUGGUUUAAGAUCGUUGGAUGCCUCUCAGCGGAGAAUACCUGGACCGGCGCUUAAUUCCUUGAGCCUUUCGAGGCAGAAGAAUCCAAUUGCUAAUGAUGCUUCAUUAACUAGAGAGACGUCAAAUAGCAAUAUGUAUGGCCUGUCAGCCGGAUCAUCAAGGAGAGUCGCUGUUUCUGGCAGCCGUGAUGCAUUUGGCGGAAGUGAGUCUGACAUUCGCCCUCGAACAACCGAUGCUAGCCCUGGAGGACACAGAAUUUCAAGUGGUCGAAGAAGUUCACCAGUCGAGUCAUCGGACCCCACCCGUAGACAUACAUCGCAAACGGGGAACUACGAGACUACCGUUAAAGGCAUCGAAGGUCUGCAUUUAGAAUAGGGGUGGUUUUGGUUUGGUAACUGAUCCGAAAUGGCCUUACUGGAAACCGAACCGAACAGUUAGGGAAGGGUAAAAAAAACCGAAACCGCACCGAUUAUUUUAGUUUACCGAAAUUUGGGUCAGUUUCGGUAAAGGCCCAUUUUUUCAGCCCAUAUUUGUUGGGCUUCUAAAUUUAUGUUGCUUCUCAGCCCAAUUUUGUUGGGCUUUUGAAUAUUUUCAAAUUUUUUGCCAAUUCACGUACAAAAUUCUACCUCCUAAGCUUUGUGGGUAAUUUUCAUGGA